AUUGAGGACUUCAGAGACAGAGAAUCAUAGACAGCUUUCCCGUUAUGCGUUUGGAACAUUGUAGAAUGUUGGUAGGCGCCUAUUAAGUUCAUCAUUACGUUUCCAAUAUUUAUUAAUUAAAUAAAAAAUGAUUAAAUUUUGUGAAGAAAAUUGCACAAGUGAUAUUUCAUUUCAUGUAAAAAGAUAUCAAUAGAACAAUUCCGAUUCUGUAAAUUCAUACGCAUGCGUGAAUUGUGUAUAUGUGUAAUUUGUGAUAGACGAUUGAGUAGAAUAAUACAAUUUGUGCGUAAGAUACAAUUUUCUUUUAAACAUAAAGAUAUAGUGUAUUAAAUAUUUAAUUAUAUUUAUGUAUUUAAUUUUCUUCAUAUUAUCUUAAUAUCAAAAGCGAAGAGUCACAUAUCUUCGAUCUGGAACGAAAGGUGUGCCCCUUUAUAUAGGCCAUUUUGUUGUGCUUUGAGGUUUAAGGGAAUUAUUGCUUCAGGCGCAAAUAGGAACAACAUUGAAGAUAAUGGAGGAAAUUAUAGAAAUUGUAAAAGUUGAGGAAGAAAUAAUACUGAAUGAUGAAACUUCUCAAAUUCUUCUUGAUGCAGAUGGUUCAGAGAAAGAAGUUGUGAUAACUACGGAAGAUGUAUCUGGUAAUGUAACAGCUAUUUCUCAAAGCAGCCAAAUUAUACAAAUUAUAACAGAUUAUGAAUGCGUAACAUGUCACCGCAUUUUUCAAUCAGAAGAUAUGCUAAAGGAACACUUAGAUGUCUGCAGAGAAGAAGAUGAUUCUACAAAUAUAUUAGAAUUAGGAAAUUUAGAUAACUAUGAUUCUGAGGAUGAAGAUGAUGCUGAUGAUCCAGAUUACGAAUUCAAUGACACAAGUAUUGAAGAUACUAAAGCUCAAAAGAAUAACAAUGAAAAGCCAACAAUUAAACCUGUACCAGAUACACAAUGCCACUGCUGUGCUGAAGAUUUAAAAACAGCACAUAGUGGUGGUGAAUUUAAAUGUUUAGAAUGUGAACUAUCAUUUAAAAAAAAUUCUUCUUUAGAAAGACAUAAAAUAGUUAUACAUUGGAAAUGUGAAUCUUAUACCUGUAUUAAUUGUGGAUCAACCUUUCGUGAUAAAAAAUCAUUAAAUAAGCAUCGUUAUACUACACAUGUCAAUCGUAACAUAUAUAAAUGUGAUACCUGUGAUACAUAUUUUUCGCGAAAUUAUCAUUUAAAACGUCAUAAAAUGCAGUCUGGUUGUCAUGGAGAUAUACGCAAAACUUUUGAUUGUCAAGUUUGCCAAAAAGUUUUUACACGAAAAGAUAAUCUACGUGAACAUUUGCGCACACAUGCUGGAGCACCUCAAAGGCAGAAAAAACCAUGUAAAUAUUGUUCUAAGGAAUUCUUUACUACUCAACAAUUAAUAAUACAUGAACGAUUACACACUGGAGAAAGACCAGUACAAUGUGAUUUAUGUCCAAAGACAUUUCUGUCUUCUCUUGCAUUAAAAAAGCACCGUCGUGUACAUACAGGAGAGAAGCCAUUUGAAUGCAAAUAUUGUCAGAGGAAAUUUGCGGCCCGUGAAACAUUAAAUCGUCAUCAAAGAACGCAUACUGGAGAAAAACCUCACGUUUGCCAGUACUGUGGCAAAUCGUUUAUCCAAGCAGCACAAUUAAGAGCACAUGUAUUUCAUCAUACUGGUGAAAAUGGAUUUUAUUGUGAUAUUUGUGGUAAAGCAUUUAAUAGAAAAGCUCGAUUGAAUGUACACAAAAAAUUUGUACAUGAAGGUGCAACACCAUUUACAUGUGAAAUAUGUGAAAAAGGUUUCACACGGAGAGAAGAUUUAGCAAAGCAUACAUUAUUGCAUACAGGAAUCAAACCAUUUAAAUGCGAUAAAUGCUCAAAGGCCUUUUCUGCAAAAUCUUCAUUACAAGCCCAUCUCAAUACUCAUAGACGUGAGCCACCUCAAUCAUGCGUUGAGUGUAAUCGUGUCUUUAUAAGACAAGACUGUUUAAUGAGACAUGUUCGAGCUAAACAUCGAGAACUUCUGGAGGAUGUAAUGGAUGAAGUUGAAAGAAAGCACUUACAAACACAAUUAUUCAAUAUUGCUUCUAUUGCUGCAGAAAAAACAAAAGCAGGAGAAUCUAAAGUACUUUCUACAGAUGAAUUGCUAAAAGCCAUUGCAGAUCUUUUAAGGAUACUUAUUGAUGAAGAAACUUUACAGUUAUUUGGUUGGCCUAAUGCUCCUAUUCAAGAUAUUUUAGAGGCCGUGAUUAGACGUUGUGGUCAUGAACCUCUAACAUCAGAUAGUUCUUUACUUUUCAACGAAAGGUUAAGAGCGAACGUAAAACUUUUAUUUACAGUGGUUAUUGAGGAUGAAACUGUAAAGUCGUUAUUAACAACUAAAACGGUAGACCAUGUUAUUCUUCAUGUUUUGGAAAUUUCGCAAAAAUGAAAUUUUAAUAUAUGUAAUUGUUGUCUAAUUAUACGUAAAUAUUUGUUAUUAUAUUAAGUAAAAGUAAAAGUAAAUAUUUCACAAAAAUUUACGUAACAUCAAAUUUGCAAAUGGUAGUUGAAAUUUGGAUUGAGAGACAAUAGUAUUAUACAUAUAAUUUUAUUAUUGUAAGCCUACGUUUUUACUGCAAUUGUAAUGUAAUUAUACAUUGCAUACUUUUAUGAAUAUGUUUUAAGGUUGAUACGAAUACUCGAUAUUAAAUACGUAUUAUUGUAUUAUAUAU